UACUUCAAAGUCGAUCCGGAUACUGGUAAUGCUCUUAAUUUCAGAUCCAAAGGACAGAUAAAUAAAAUAUCAUUGUUUUUAAUCAACAGUAAUGGAACACGAGCUCGUAAACAUUGAACUGCCGAAAAACAUUCACAAACGAUCCACCCCAGGCAACAAAUGGGCGAAUACACGAAUACGAAUUCGGGCUUUUGGUAAAGACAUCAAUAUGUGGCUUCAUCCCCGAGAUUCGUUGUUCGCUUCCGUCAACACACCCGUCUACUACGCAGAUGAAGAUAGUUACGCGCCUGAAGGUGUCGCGUAUCAUCGAGUGGACCACGCAAUGGAAGGGGUUGGACGACUUUUCGAGAAUGCUCAAUAUCGUGCUUCGUUCGUCAUCGGAUCGGACGCAGAAUCCAAUGAACCUACAAUCACGGGACCAGUUCGAGGAGAUAAUGCAGUCAUCGUCAUCAGGCCCGUGCCAGCGCACAUUGUUGAAGAACACUUGAGAAAACGUCGUUCAGCCAACAGCACCGAGGACAUCUCCUUAAAUAAGGCACGACACGUUGCCAUGAAAUUCCAAAAUGACUGGAACGACGACGAGUGGGAGACUGCUACUCCUGCUCCUACUGUCAAUGCGGACGGAAGCACGGAUCCGCCGAAUCUUGUGAAGCUCAAUCCCGAGGAUUUGGCUGAUUACGAAAAUCCCUCUUUAUUUCAUGCUCGUACAUCUUCGGUCGAUUACAGCAAAUCUAUUUACCCCAAAGUAUUUUUGCACUUCGAUUAUUCUUAUUUCAUUAAAUUCUGGGACUACAGCAGCCGGCAAUUUGAUAUGACGCGCUUCCUCGAAUACGUCUUGGCAUUCUGGAACGGCGUGGACCUGUCAUAUCGUCACCUCGAAAACCCGAGCGUUAGAAUUCACAUUGCUGGCAUAGCUGUAGCUAGAGCGUUUUGGGCAACACCGUACAUCGAGUUUUAUACGCCCAAAUAUGUAGACCCACAAAGACAAGGAAUCAUUAGAUUACCGAUUAUAGCUGAUUUAUCAUUGAAUGCUGCCGAAUAUUUCUUUUAUGGCGUAAGGGAACAAAUUCCGCUCAACACGUACGACGUUGCUGUUACAAUGACCACGCAAAAAAUGAAGAAACCUACAUUAGGUAUAGCGCCAUUCGGUGGUGCUUGCAAAGUUUAUCAUACUUUGAAGGUGCAGGAAGGAGUCGCGCUGGUUCACGAUAAUGCUGGGUUUGACGGGAUUCGUAGGGCAGCUCACGAACUGGGGCAUUUGUGA